GUUCGCUGUGGGAAGCCCAUCCCCACAGUCUCAAGUCUCGAUCGAUUUUCAGCCAUUGUUCAACCCACCAUCACCAUGGCCAAGUCCAAGGCAGCCAAGCGCAAGCGCAAUGCCCAAAUCGAUCUUCCUCAGAAAGUCCCCAAAGCAGCCUCGAUCCUGACUCCGCCGCCCGAUGGCGCCACCCGAGAGCCGAAAAACCUGAACACCGUGGUGGACGAGGAGGAAUUGGACAUUACCAUCGAGACACUGAGGACGCUCACCCAGUACCCCAGUCUGACCAAGUCCAAGGCAUGCAAGGAUCUUCGGGUGGCCGUCUAUGACUUUCGCCAGGCCUGUACCACGGGGGUGAACACUGCCGAGGGCGCCAACCUGACGGCACGGAUCACCGGGGCCCUGGCCGAUAAGAAAUAUCUGGAUGCCAAGAUACUGCUGGCCGAGAUGCGACUGCGGGGAGAGCAGCCCAAGAUCGGAGCCUUGUGUCGCUGGGUGCGCGAUCUGGACGUCGUCAGUGGGCUGUCCACCCAGCCCGAAGCCCUCACCCGAGCCGCUUUGGAGCGCAGCCCUGAGGACUUGGAACUCUUGGGCGUCCUCGAUGCCAUCCUACGGGUCAGCACCCCGAUUGACAACAGCCCGGAUGCCGUCGACUCGACUUCGCCCAUCGCCUUCCAGUCCAUCUGGGACCUGCGCCCUUCGACCCCCCCCCUCCCCGUCUACGCCUCCGUUCUCGAUAAAUCGAUCCUGGCCGAGGCUCCCAAGUCGCCCUCUGCCCUGCGCAUCAUCGACGAAACUCCGGGUCCUCUCCGCAAACCUCCCAACCACCACCCUGCCAUCCUCUAUACCACCACUCCCAAUGCCGUUCCGCUGGCCCCGGUCGGCCCGUCUAUAACCUACGUGCCCCAUCCCGCCGUGCCCGGUCUCGGCCUCGCCCUGAACGUCCUCUCCGAGACUGAAUGCAAGGCCAUCAUCGCCGCGGGCGAGUCAGUCAACUUCCUACCCGACGUGCCCCUCCGCGAGGAUGGCGACAUGAGCAUCCUAGCCCACAACUUCUACUGGGUCGUCGACACCACAUUCCACGACAUGCUGUGGGCGCGAAUCUCCGCCUACGUACCACAAUCGAUCAACGGCCGUCUCGCGCGGGGCAUCAACCGCCGCUUCCGGGUCUACCGCUACGUGCCUGGCGCCGAGUACCGCUGUCACAUUGACGGAGCCUGGCCGCCGUCCGGCAUUCUCCCGGAUGAUACCUACGUGUACGAUGCCUCGCCGGAGGACAAGAAGCAGAGCUCGAUGUAUACCUUCUUGCUCUAUCUGAACGACGAGUUUGAGGGCGGAGAAACGACGUUCUUCAUCCCGGCGAAACGGGAGGGAACUAUGAAUGCCUACCCGGUGCGUCCGGUGAUGGGCGCUGUGGCUAUCUUUCCUCAUGGCGAGGCCAAUGGGGCCUUGUUGCACGAGGGAACGGGUGUCCGAAAGGGCGCCAAGUAUAUUAUUCGGACGGACGUAGAGUACGACGUGAAACCGAGCGACGAGUGAAUCGGAUACAGAAUGCACUUAUGCGCCCGCUGGGCGAUGCAUUGACGACCAUAAGAGUAGAAACGAAAUACUGACGCAGGUUUGAUACUUCUGGCUUGUUCCGGCGUCUAAAAGUUUUAUUGCCGAUCCAUUGUCUCGACGAUCGUGUCGAGUCUACAUAAAGGGUAUGCUCCCACCGGACCGAUGACCAUCCACAGAUGGAGACACAAUUCCGACUUGCUUACAGCCGACUUGAAUUAUGAUUUGCGAUGCCCCUAGAUACAUAUAUCUUCCACUGCCGGUAUCUACGCAUUUCUUUUGGCAUUUCUUCAUGUUGUUAGAUUGGUUCCAUCCAAGAACCUGGAUCGCCCCGGAUAGAGAGGCUCAGAAGGUACUGCGCAAUACUUUAGGAGGAAUACCUUGUAGUGAGAUUUCAUUGCACACGUUGUCUUUGGUAGCUGCACUGCUUGGUUCAAUUCAUGCAACCUGGUACUUAAAUAUGGCCAAA